ACUGCAGGUCGCGCGGUACUGGGCUCUAGCUCAACCAAAAUGGCGGACAGUCUGGUACGCAUAGUGCACAAAUAUUGUCCUGUACAUACAAAAUAGAUGACUGUUCCCGGUGAAUCGACAUUCUGGUACUACAUCAUUGUCAACAGCCUUAUUGCUGUUACCGUGUUCUUCGUAUUUGUUUUUCUAAACGAGUUUUUGAGGCAUAUCAAGUACCCGUUUUCAUCGAAAGGGGUGGAGGAUGACUCGUGUUCUUCGCCAAACUGCAUCCGUUGUCGCUCUUCGCUACUCGAGAAAGAAUUACUUUUAAUCAAACUCCGUGAAUACCUGCAUGAAUCAGGGGCAAAGCCCGAAGAUUUGGACCGUCUGAAUGAGUCUAUCAUUGAAGGUACCAGGGUGGUUGACUACGAGAGGUCUUGCUCACCUCAGCGCCCUACAACCUUAGCUUUACUGGGAUUAAACUCAAAACCCUGGCACGACGGGGUGUAUAGCUGCGAUAUACAAGAACUGUGCAGCGAGGCAAAUAUCGAUGUUAUAACUUCCGAGGUUGAGACUGUUAUAAAAGAUUUGUCAGAAGGGUGGGUGCAUAAUACUUCACCUUCUGGGAGUUGGUAUAUCUUUCAUCUCUACAAUCAAGGGGAGAAAGUAGAGAAUAACUGCCGUCGCUGUCCGCAAACUACUGCCUUGGUUGAGAAAGUGAGGCCCUUUAUGACAGGCUGUGCUUUUGGUAAUGCUGUUAUAUCAGUUAUCACCCCAGGUACUUUGAUAUCUCCCCACUACGGACCAACUAACUGCCGAGUACGUUGCCAUGUGCCACUGGUUGUCCCAAGUGGGUGCAAGUUGACAGUUGAUUUGGAGGAGCGACAGUGGAGAAGGGGAGUUCCACUGGUGUUCGAUGAUUCAUUCUUGCACGAAGUCAGCCAUUCUGGCCCAUCAGGAAGGAGAAUUGUACUGAUGUUGGAUUUAUGGCAUCCAGAUGUCAGCGUUGCAGAAAGAAAGGCUAUUUGCCAUUUGUUCUCAAACUUCAACUGGAUUGAAUCCUCUCGCUGAAAGGUUUUGGUAACCUUACAUGGUAUUUGUGUGUUGAAAAUUAAGUUAACUUUCAUCAGAAUUUGGGAAUGGGAAGUAGGAAGAAGUUUUAUGGCAAA